UCUGGCUUCUGUCAAAAUUUUUUGAACAGUCUUGGUUUUGUCCCAGUGCAGAAUGGGAAACUUUUUGAAAUUUUAAUAUUUUUUCACAUGACAGGAAACCAAUUUCCCACCCAGCUCUCCUUAGCACCAGGUUACAUGAUUUAGUUCACUACCACUGUCAGACGGGUGGAAAACUGGCUAAGACACUGUAAAUGAAAGAUCAGGAUAAAGGGCAGGGUACCAAGUUUAGGGAGAUGUCCUAUUGGUGCCAGGGAUCAGGAUUACGACUGGUCAUUGAUGAUACGGGCAUGUAAAUAAAUGCAUUAUACAGACAAUACUAAACAGGGAACAGCUGUGAGCACCAAAGAGGAGAGGAAGAUAAUCCAAGGAGGCCUAAACAGAUUGGAAACAUGGGCAGGAAACAUGGGCAGGAAAUAAAACAAGACUCAAACUGUGGAAAUGAAGCUAAUCCACCUGAGGAAAAGCAAGCUAAACCCAAGAUCCUCAGUGGGAGAGAGGAACCCAAGGAGCAGGCACUGGAGCACAAUGGACAUGAUGAUGCAAAUGUUACUGCUUAUCCUACAAAGAGUGAAGUGACCCCCUCUAGUGACAUUUUACAGUCCACUCAAGAAGCUGAGCUGGCUACAGAGACAGACACACAGGAAGACGUUUUUAACCGAAUUUUGAAAGCUAAUGCAGAUAGCACCCAGAGCUUGCGUGAAGGUGACAUUGUUAUGACAAAGAGCCGAAGUGCUAUUGGCUGUUCAGAUCGCUCAUGUUUUUGGCCCCAAUCCAGCGAUGGCAUUGUCCGUGUCCCCAUUGUCUUCUCCCCUGACUAUGACGAGGCACAAAUACGGUGGAUUAGUGAAGCCAUGGCAGAGUUUGAAAUUCUAACUUGUAUCGAUUUUGUGAAUCGCACAACAGAAUCUGACUAUCUAAAUAUUAAGUCAGGGAAAGGCUGCUGGUCUCACUAUGGAAAGGUUGGAGGUGGUCAGAUUGUUUCUGUGAUGAAGCAAGGCUGCAUGUGGAAAGGAGUAAUUCAGCAUGAGCUGAACCAUGCACUGGGCUUUCUACAUGAACAGGGUCGAAGUGACAGAGACAGCUAUGUAAAGAUCAUGUGGGAGUACAUUAGUUCAGGUAAUAAAGGCAACUUUAAGAAAUCCGAUAACUCCAACAACCUGGGCCUUCAAUAUGACUAUGCCUCAGUGAUGCACUAUGGCACAAAUGCUUUCUCUAACACGCCUGGGAAAGCAACUAUUAUACCAAUUCCCGAUGCAUCUGUACGUGUUGGACAGAGAUAUGGUCUGAGUAACCUGGAUGUGGCCAAAAUCAACAAGCUCUAUAACUGCAAUCGCUGCAGCACCAUCCUUGAUAGCCCAUCUGGGUCAUUGAGCUCUGACAACUACGCGUCAAAAUACUCAGGCAAUGCUACCUGUUUCUUUCUCAUCCGAAUUCCAUCCAAACGGGUUUCUCUGCAGUUUGAUGUCUUUAGUUUGCAGUCCUCCACAGACUGUAAAAGUGAAUAUGUUAAAAUAUAUGAUGGGGUCAGCCAGUCUUCUGAGGUUCUACUGGACAAGACUUGUGGGACAGAGAGUCCCCCAAUUGUAACAGCUUCUGGUAGAACUAUGCUUGUGGAGUUUGUCAGGGGUGACACUGGUGCAGCGACUGGCUUCAAGAUCUCCUACACCUCUGUAAGGACACGACGCACCAUGCGGAUCAGCAUAUGAGACAGAAGGGAAGAGCCUAUUCUGUGAAAAUCUAAAUUAUGCUUUUCCUACUUUGCUUCCUUUUCUUGCUAUGAUCAAAAGGAAAUUUUAAUUCUGUUAUGAAUCAAAGUCUCCAGCUUCUGUAGCAAGUGUGCUCCCUGACUCAAGUAUAAAUGGGAAUUCUAUGUACCUCUGCCACCCGCUCUUGUGUCAUAUAUCUGCCCUCGACAAGGAUAUAUAAAGUUAUUGUCUGCACAGUUAAAUUAUUGUCUCUUUUUAUUUAACUAACAGCAUUUUAAUAAAAUCUUCAUUAAAAAAAAUAACCCUCUCUCUUUCUUUGACUUUCUUAUUUUUUGGCACCCAUUGCAUUUAAUUUCUAGUUUGGGUUCUAUAGUGUUUUAAUGGACCUCUUUUCACC